AUGGCAGCUCCCCGCGAACAGCCUCCGUGGCAGCAGCCCACACCCCACCAAGGCUUGCAGCGAGAGCUGCCGCCGCUGAAGAUCUGGAACUCGCUGACCAGGUCGAAGACUCCGUUCGUGCCUCUGGACCCGGAAGGGAAGAAGGUAACCUGGUACGCUUGCGGUCCGACUGUGUAUGACGAUGCGCAUCUUGGGCACGCGCGCAACUAUGUCAGCGCAGACAUUGUCCGGCGUAUCCUCCGGGACUAUUUUAAAUUCGAUGUUAAAUAUAUCAUGAAUAUAACGGAUGUGGACGACAAGAUCAUCACUCGAGGUAGACAGCAGCACCUGUACAAUCAAUUCAGCGCCGAGCACCCGUCAAUCGACCAAGAGCUUCUGGAUACCGCCAAAGCUGCUUAUGAAGCAUAUAUCACAAAGAACCUGCCGCUAGUACCGGCAUCGACGCCAGCACAUGAGCUCAAAGAUACCGCAGAGAAAGUAUACGCUGCUGUUCUUGAUGGGAAGCCCCUCGAAGGCAAUUCAAAGCCAGGUGAGCCGGAGGCUAAGGUUAAAAUGUAUAUAAAGACGCUGUCUACUGCUGCUGAGGCGCUUACGGUGGCUUCAACUCCCGGCGGUAGCAUACCGGUAGCUACCUUCUACGACAAGACCCAGGAUAUACUAUACCCCUACCUUGAUACCCUUAAAGGAGCAUCAAUCCAAGGAUCUGACCACUCGAUAUUUACCCGUCUGACUAAAGAGUACGAAGACCGAUUUAUGCAGGAUGUACGAGACCUCAAUGUCCUGGAUCCUGACGAGAUCACUCGAGUCACAGAAUUUAUGCCUGAGAUAGUGAGCUUCGUUGAACGUAUAAUUGAACACAAGUUCGGAUACGUGACCCCUGAUGGAUCCGUUUACUUUGAUAUUGAGAAUUUUGAGGCGGCUGGAAAUAGCUACGCCAGGCUUGAACCUUGGAAUCGGAAUGAUGCCAAUCGACAGUCAGAAGGAGAAGGGUCUCUAUCUAACAAGCAGGCCGAAAAGAAGUCUUCUGCUGACUUUGCUCUCUGGAAAGCCUCGAAGGCUGGUGAGCCAAGCUGGCCUAGUCCCUGGGGUAAUGGCCGCCCUGGCUGGCACAUUGAGUGUUCUGCAAUGGCUUCGUCUCGACUUGGAAAGCAGAUGGAUAUCCAUUCGGGUGGCAUUGACCUAGCAUUCCCUCAUCAUGACAAUGAGAUCGCCCAGAGUGAGGCAUAUUGGAGCUCGACUUGCUCACACGUGCAAUGGGUCAACUACUUUAUCCACAUGGGGCAUUUGUCUAUCCAAGGGUCAAAAAUGUCAAAAUCACUGAAGAACUUCACUACUAUUAGAGAUGCUCUUCAAAGAGGUGACUGGACUCCUAGAAGCCUUCGCAUCGUUUUCCUUCUCGGUGGCUGGCGAGAUGGAAUUGAGAUUACAGAUGAAAUUGUAAAGGCUGGGAAUGCCUGGGAGGAGAAAGUAAACAACUUCUUCAUCAGGGCCAAGGACCCAUCAGUCAAGCUCCCUGAAACCACCUCGGACGAAGAGCUCCCCGCUGCCUUAAAGGCGGCCCAAGACAGCGUCCACAAACACUUGUGCGAUUCGUUCAAUACUGCUGGCGCCAUGUAUGCCAUUUCAGAGCUGAUCACCAAGUUUAACAACACAAGUGAAGCCGCUCUAAGUGCCCAGAAUACGCAUGCGGUAGCCAAAUGGUUAACAUCCAUGGUCAACAUAUUUGGACUCAACUCUACCGCAGGGCCAGAUAGUGAAAAUAUUGGCUGGCAUGGAGACGAAAUUGCUGAAGAGGCGAAACCCUACGUCUAUCCUCUCUCUACUAUUCGUGAUACCCUUCGCCAAACAGCAAUCGCCAAGACUGGCCUCACACCUGAUUCCAUCAGAUCUGUCGUGGAGGAAGGACGAAAAUCCAUUACUCCCGAGCUGCUUGAUCCCCAGCUUACCAAUUCGUUCAAGGAUGUGUUCAACAAUUUCUGCUCUAGUGCCACAGCUCUCACUGAAUCGAGCAACCUAUCAAAGGAGAUUCUAGACCUCUGCGAUACCCUCCGAAACACAGGCCUAUUUGAUCUCGGCGUCUACCUCGAGGACCGGGCUGACCUACCGGCACGUGUACGCCCCGUCACACGAGACUUGCUCCAGGCCAGACAAGAAGCUGAAACCAGAGCCAGGCAGAAGUUGCUGGAAAAGGAGGCUCGUGAGAAAGAAGCUGCUGAGAAGGCCGCAAAGGGGAAAGUAAGCCCUUUGGAGAUGUUCAAGACAGAAGCAUACAGUGCCUGGGAUGAGGAUGGCCUACCCCUGAAAGAUGCAAAAGGCGAAGAAAUCACCAAGAGUCAGAAGAAGAAGCUGAAGAAAGAAUGGGAUAGGCAGAAGAAGGCGCAUGAGACUUGGCUUGCUUCUCAAAAGACUGCAUGA